AUGGACACCAGUUGGUUUGAUGACGAUGCUGAUGCUGCUGGUGCCUUUCAGGUCCUCACCUUCUGCGUGUGGCUUCUUCACCUCAGAGGAACCCUCCUCCCACCUGCAUCGCCCCGUGAGCGAGAAGACUCAGCCGAGAUGGAGACCAACGCGUCCUGGGGGAACUGCACCGCUCCCCAGAUGUCCUUCCAGUCCACCCUCUACGCCACCACCUACACCCUCAUCUUCAUCCCCGGCCUCCUGGCCAACAGCGCAGCCCUCUGGGUCCUGUGCCGCGUCACCAGCAAGAAGAGCAAAGCCGUCAUCUUCAUGAUCAACCUGGCCGUGGCCGACCUGGCCCACCUGAGCCCGGCAGCCUCCAUCGCCCUGGUGACGGUGGCCGAGCUCUUCGGCUUCGUCAUCCCCUUCGGCACCAUCGCCUGCUGCACGUGGAAGAUGCGGCGCUCGCUGCGGGAGCUCCCGGGGCAGCCGCCGAGCACGGGCGAGAAGCGCAAGGCCCUGCGCAUGGUCCUGGCCUGCGCCGCCGUCUUCUUCGUCUGCUUCGCCCCCCACCACCUCAUCCGGGACUGCGCCGUGCACCGCGGCGCCCUCCGCUUCCACCCCGUGUCCCUGUGCCUGGCCAGCCUCAACUGCUGCCUGGACCCCGUCCUCUACUACUUCAUGACCUCCGAGUUCCAGGAGCAGCUGCUGCGCUGCCCCGGCCGCCGCCUCCGCGUCCGGAGGAGAAACCUCCCACGCCUCAAGUUCUGGUCCCUCCCCAAGUUCUUGGGCGGGAUGAACAGCAUGGAAAUCCCCGCCGCGCCGCCCGACGAGCUCCUGCUAGAGUCCAUCUCUUGA